AUGAUUUCCUCUUCAGCCUCGACGCUUUCCACUUUUGCUUGGGGAAUGGUACUGGGAGUUUUAACUAUGUUCAUAUUUGAACACUAUAAUUACAUGCAGUUUAUGCACGAGUACAUCGAAACUGGGCACACCGCAAAAAUAGCUACUCAGAGAAACGUCAGCAAGUAUAAGACUAACGCGUAUUAUCGUCCUCCCGAACCAAAAAGAUUCAGCAUUCAACGAGAGGAGAGAGGUUAUUUGACCCCUGAAGUUAACAAGACACGAAUCUUAUGUUGGAUAAUGACAACUCCAGACAACAUACCUAAAAGAGCAAAAUCAGUCAAAGAUACGUGGGGAAAGCGCUGCGACACCCUUCUGUUUUUCAGCUCAAAAGAGGAUCUCAAUUUCCCCGCCAUUGGGCUUAAUGUUGAAGAGGGGCGUGAAAAGUUGUUUGACAAAACUAGAGCAUCACUGGAGUAUAUUUAUAACCACCAUCUCAACGAUGCUGAUUGGUUCUUUAAAGCGGACGAUGACACUUACGCCAUCAUUGAAAAUCUUCGUUCUUAUCUAUCCAAAUUGAAUACCUCGGAACCUCAUUACCUUGGCAGAAUUUUAACUCACGAGGGUGUGUACAACAGUGGCGCAGGAUACGUUUUUAGUCGUGAAACACUGCGAAGGUUUAAAAAAGCACUGGGUGAACCAAGCUGCCCACAACACCACCCUUUUGAGGACGUAGCAGUCGGACAAUGCCUCAGGGCACAGGGUGUCGUGCCCGUUAGAACCACAGAUUCCAGCGGCAAUGAAACUUUUAUGGCAUUUCCACUUGAGUGGCAUUUGAUCCCCAUUACGUUUCCAGGGUGGUACCCGAAAUUCUAUAAAGAGGGCGCUGAAAACUGCUCGGAAUACCCAUAUGUUUUUCAUGCAGUUAAACCAGAAAUAAUGUAUCAGAUGGAAUACUUAAUCUAUCGUGUGAAAGUCUGGCCCAAAAGGAGUAAAUCAAGUACUAGCAUGUAUGAAACUAGCCAUUCAAAACAAGCAAAGUAGGUGGACUACCCUCAUGAAAUUAGCCUGUGAUACUCAAUGUUUAAAUUAAAAUCGGCUCAGGAUUUCCUUCUGUGACAAUGGCGUGACAUGUUGUGCUAAGCUCGAGACAACAGGAAAUCCCAGAGCACAAUAUUAUCCAAAACUGUAACAAGGCUUCAAUAUUUAUGCAACCUUAGACAAUUUCAAGUUUUAAAUGGUCAUGAAAUUCGACGAAUUUUCGACGAAUUUUGAUUUUAUCGCGGUUUUCGUGAAAGUAGCCUUUAGUUACAAAUUGUAAAAAGAGGUCAGCGGCAUUGUGUUUUACGUACCCUAAUACGUUUACUUUCCUGUUUUUCAGGUCUACUUUCUCCUAGUGGUUUGGAGAUAGUUAAAUUAAGAAUGAGUGGGAAAACAUUUCUAGAAACAUACAUCAAUUAGCAAAUUUGCUUGUAUUAAGUCCAGUAUUCAGUUUACGCAUAAAAUAUAGCCUUCAUGUAGAAAUUCCACGAUAUCUUGAAAUUCCACUCACAUAUUUUUGUGAAACUUGGCACAGCAGAAGGCAAGCAGCCAAAAUUUACAUAGCGUAGAGCAUUUCCAGAGAAAAUGGGAAUAUCGACUGCAAUUUGAUUAAGAGCAAUAACCAUUGUGACGUCAUCGUCACGUGAUAUUCAUUCCAAUCGCGAAAAAAUAACAUCAUAAUCAAGUUCAGUCUAUGAUUAAUUCAUGUGUUUUAAUGUUUUAAGACCAAGCUGUUGUCGGUACAAGAGGUCCAAAGAUGAAAAGUAUGCCUGCAAAAAUACUGGGUCGAGCCACCUUAAGGUGGCUCCGUCAUUAAAAUAGGCGCAUUGAGCUAUGACGAAGUUUUUGUCAUAACUUUUCUGUUUUUGACGCGAUGGCUCCGAAACUUUGUAAAGAGCAACAGAUAUCUUUCAACAUUAAUAAGAAUUAUUUCGAUUUCAUUGCUAAUAAAUAUUCCUGGGAAAUUACCCUACUGUUUAAAAUCGCGUCUAUUAAAAAUGUUUGCGAAUAUUUUUGACUGAAAUUUCUAUUAUCGGCUUUUAUUGAUAUAAUAAAUAUGCCAGAGAAAUUUCACAGAAAUCUUUGGAGCAGAAGUCAGUUACUAAGAGUCUGUGAAAUUGUUUUGGAAUUCCAAAAAGCAAAUUGCUCUGAGCUACAACGAGCCACCAGUUCGAAUUUUCGGAACAAGUAAUCCCAGCAGGGGCGGAUCUAGGGGGAGGGUGCAGGGGGUGCGCACCCCCCCUCCCCCCUGAGAUGACCUGCGGUUUUCUAAUACAACUAGUAUUCUGCAAAAAAAAUUGUGGCUUAUUGGUGUUGAAGUAGAGCAAGAGACGAGUGCACCCCCUCCUAAAAAAAAUCCUGGAUUCGCAGGACGUGUCUCUUUACGCUCUCUGUUACUGACGAAAGAUUUCAGAAUUUCUAUUGCCUGAUCCUGUAAAAUCCCUCAAGAAAAGCAACGGAGUGCUGAAGAAGCAGCUUGAGGAACCAAAGAGAUAUUUGAAGAACCUGGAGCAAUGAGUUUCAGAGCAAGAAUAUAGUGUGAGAAAUGUCAGUGAUAGCAGUGCUUCGUCCGCCAUCUUGAAUCGAGAAGCCGAAGCGAGCCUUAAGUUCAGUGGCCAUGGGUAUGAUGUUCCCAUGGUCCAGUUAGAAAAAUAGAGGCAUCUCUUACAAACAUCCUAGAACGACUGCUUAAGCUAGAAUCUAUAGCUGAUGAGCUUCAGGAUUAUAGUUACUCGUUCAAAGUUAAACUGCUCGGCGUCCCAGAAUUUAACGGAGAACGGAGAACGCAGUAGAUACAGGGGCACCUAACGACAAUUUUCGGAAAAAUAUCUGUUCGGAAGACGAUUUGAGAUCUAGAAUUUUCGGAACAUUUGUUGUAAAAUUUCUUGCUUGCCUGCUUCUCCUAGGAUUUCGAACAUCUAAAAUAUGGUAUAAUUGCCUAUUUUUAACGGAUUUUUACCCUAAAAAGGUCACCUAGAAUUUUCGGGAGCCUUUUUUCUGGCUGAAAUUUUCGAAAAGGUAAGUUUUGAUCCCUAUAAUUUUCGGAUCACUAGACUUUCAGCUAGGAGAUCCGAACAGAUGAAAAAUUUUUAGGGGAUAAAAAUAUGCCUAUAUCUACCGUUUAAAUACCAAAAUAUGUUUAGCAAUGCUAUGUUUUAGUGGUUUUGAACUAUAUUCUCGUUGGGUGCCCCUGUAGAUACAAGAGAGAAUGAUCUAUUCUCUCUUGGUAGAUACCAGCAGGCUGUGUUAGAUUAUUUAACGCUAUGGGUGUGUCGGUUUCUUUGACGAUGUCGACAUUGCAGACCGCGUCCCCCCUCUAGAUUCAACUCGGGGAGGUCCCAAAUCAAUUGGUAAUGUAUGUAAGCUCACAAGGCGGAUGGCUAGAAAUGAAGUAAUUGUGGCGUGCAGGGAGACCAGUAAGUUCAGCGCGACCGCUAUCGGUUUAGACGAGAACAUAAGCAUGGCGAACGCAAGGGUGGUAGAUCUAGAAUAAAUAUCACUAUGCGUUCUGUUGGGUGAAGAGUGGAUCUAUCCUUCAGCGCAAGUUUGCCGAUUCUUGUCCUAUCAGAGUUAGGAACGUCGAACAUCUCGCCAACCUAACGAGACAAGAGCAGAACAGUAGGUUGAACUCCUCAGCUGAGAUAAGUAGUCAGGAUUAAUACCUUUAUUUCUGAUCAUCUCUACAGUUUAUGUAUAUCUGUUUGAUCAUCUUUGCAAUGUCAUACAGAACUCCAGCAAUGUAAAACAAAAAUCUGCUUCGCGAAUUGCCUUAUUUUGGACAUAAUAUUACUCUGUGCCGUAGGCAAUUAAACAACCUCAUCCGGUUUAAUGAUCUCCCAACCAAAACGUAUCGAGAGCGUUUUCCUAGCCUUCAUGACAUUGAUCUCUUUAAAUCUUGAUGAAAAGACUAACUCUGACGCUGAUAUAGCUUUUGUCAAUUCGAAGAUAAGAUAAACAGUCAAUCAAAAACUCAGCAGUUUUCUUUAGUGCAGCUCAAUAUACGUAGUCUCAGGCACAAUCUUGAAAACUUUCAAACUCAUUUAUUGAACGAGCUUGACUGAGGUUAACUGUCACUUCAAUGUUAUUGGCAUUAGAGAAACGAGAAUUAGAAAUGCUAAUAUUACUUCUAACCCUGCAAUACCUGGGUAUAAUUUUGAAUUUGUGUCAACACCCAUUUCAGCGGGAGGUGUUGGCAUGAAUAUAGACUCUAAUGUAACGUACACUGUGAUCGAAAAGAAUUCAAAUGAUGCAUUUCACUUUUAAAAAAAUUGAAAUUUAUUGCAUGUGUAAUUUUCCAUAGAAUAGGCCAGAAGAUACUGUUUGUUAAUAUGUUAAUUAUAAAACAAGCCUUUCUCGACUAUAAAAAGGUCAUUUUAAAAAUAUAUAAAAAUUGGCAUUUUCGCAAAUGGGUUAACCCACGAUGUUGGUCAAAAAUUUAAAAUUUCUUGGAUGUGUGUUUUUCUAUAGAACAUGCCUCUGUAUACUGUUUGACAAGGUUUUAGAGAAAAAACAAGCCUUUCUACAGUUAAAAAAAAAGUCCUUCUCAAAAAGUCGAAAAAUUUGCAUUUUCGCAAAGGGGUUACUUUUGGUCAAAAAUUUGAAAUUUAUUGCAUGUAUAAUUUUCCAAAGGAUAGGCCAGGAGAUAGUGUUUGAUAAUAUGUUAGGUAUAAACAAGCCUUUCUCGACUAUAAAAAUCUCAUUUUAAAAAACUGGAAAAAUUGGCUUUUUCGCAAAGGGGUUAACCAACGAUUUUACUCAAAAAUUUAAAAUUUGUUGGAUGUGUGUUUUUCUAUAGAACAUGCCUCUAUACACUGUUUGGUAA